AUGUCGUCUAAUGAUACUGGAAGUCAAGCUUCUGAAGGCGCCAGCCUCAACACAGCGUAUGUUGUUGUCGAAAGUCCCAAAGGUAUUCGUAUAAAUGAGGAAACUAACAAUUCGAAUAGGAAUACAACCCCAUCAACACAAGCUAGUAAUAGAACCAGCUCAUCAGCAAACAUUAUAAAUCCACCCCUAUUUAAAUUGAAGAUAUUAGAUGCUUUGAAGAACAACAACUGUGAUCAAUUGAGACAACUUGUCAUUUCAGUUAAGGAUUCAGUGAAUUAUUAUGAAUUGUCAUUAGUCAAGAACUUGAUCUUUAACUUAGCAGUUCAAGUUGCGCCACUCCAAGUCAUAACUCAAUUGUUGUCAGAUGAUUCAAAAGAUUUAGGAAUCGAUGUCAACUACCAGGAUGAGAAUGGGAAUGCGCCUCUUCAUUUAGCUGCACUCAACUCUAGGGCAGACGUCGUUCAAUUAUUACUGAGAGAUGAGAGAAUCAACGAUACAAUCCUCAAUAAUGACCUAAAACAACCAAUUGAAGUGGCGAAGGACCUCAGAAUAGUGGAAUUGCUUCAAAAGGAACGUGCUGCUUAUGUUGAGCGAAUCGCUAAUGAUUUGAGGUCUGCAUUCACAAACCAUGAUUUUGCGAGAUUGGAUGAGAUUUUGGCAUCACCAAGAAAUUUUGAAUUAUUGGAUAUAAAUGGGAAUGAUCCAGAGACAGGUGAUACUGUUUUACAUGAGUUUGUCAAGAAGAAUGAUAUUGGAAUGGUAAAAUGGAUUUUAACUCAUGGAGGUGAUCCUUUCAAAAGAGAUAGAAAGGGGAAAUUACCAAUUGAAUUGGUUGGGAAAAAUAAUGACACCAUGAAGAAAAUUUUGAAGGAUGCUACCAAAGAUCAAAAUGUUAUAAGUCAAGCUGGUAGAUCAACAGGUUUUAAAGCCCCAACAUAUAAAGGAUACUUGAGAAAAUGGACAAAUUUUGCAUCAGGUUACAAGUUGCGUUGGUUCAUCUUGGACUCGAAUGGGAUCUUGUCAUAUUAUAAGAGUCAAGAAGAUACAAAUAAUGCUUGUAGAGGGUCAUUAAACAUGAAAAGUGCCAUUCUACAUUUAGAUUCAUCAGAAAAACAAAAAUUUGAAAUUAUCAGUAAAAGUGGUGUUAGAUGGCAUUUGAAAAGUAAUUAUCCAAUUGAAACAAAUCGUUGGGUUUGGAGUUUACAAGGAGCAAUAAGAUAUGCUAAGGAUAAGGAAAGAGCUAUUCGUUAUUCCCAAGAAACUGAAAGAAAAGAUAGCUUCGAUAGUGUUGGAGGAGCUGGAGUUAACCGUCAUACAAGAAACUUAAGCUCUGGAUCAGUUGAAGAAAAUUCUAAUAAAUUGGAAUCUAGUGCAAACAGUUUAGCUGACAUCAAAGAAAAUGAGCGCUUGAAACAGACUGAAGCUCGCCGUCCAUCCCAAAUUGUUUAUGAUACCGAUGAUGAAGAUGAUAACGAAUCGAGGGAAGUCAUUGAAGAAAAUUCUAAUAAAUUGGAAUCUAGUGCAAACAGUUUAGCUGACAUCAAAGAAAAUGAGCGCUUGAAACAGACUGAAGCUCGCCGUCCAUCCCAAAUUGUUUAUGAUACCGAUGAUGAAGAUGAUAACGAAUCGAGGGAAGUCAGUAUUGUUCAAGAAAAUGAAGAUAUUGAUAUUGAAUCUGGUCCUUAUAUUCAAGAGAUUUCAGUUUUGAAAAGAGGAUUCAGUCUUGAAUUGGGCUCAUUGAGAGAGUUGUUGUUUAGCGUCAAAGAAACAAUGAACACGCCUUCAGAACCAUUGAACAUUUCACUUGGUGCUAUUGAAACUUUAACCGAAAGCUUUGAUAGAUUAAACACAUUGGUUUCCAAAAGAGAUGAAAAAUUGAUUAGAGAUCUACAAAAACAAAAAGAUAUCAAUGAAUUAUGGAUCAACUCGAUUAGAGAUCUAGAAAAUGAAUUACUGGCUAAAAACAGCGAAUUACAAAACUUUGAGGCUGAAAGAAGAAACUUGAAAAAAGUUUUAACAAAAAAAUUUGGUAAUAUCGGCUCACCACUUGCAGAUGUUCCUGCAACACCUGAAGCUCAACCAACAGGUCCAUCUCCAUUAGGUGCUGCUGAAUCUACCACUGUUCAAGAUGAGCCUUUUGAUGCUAACGAUGUUGAGAUUUCAAGAUUCAUUAAUGAAGAUGAGGAUUCAGAUGAUGAAUUUUUUGAUGCUGCAGAUUUCGAAGAAGAUGAUGAAGUAUCUGAAAGGGCAACUCAAGAAUCAAUUCCUGUUGGAACUGAGCCAAAACAAGAAGAAGAGGAACAACAAGUGGAGGGUGAAUAUUCCAAUGAACUACAGCAAAAGAAAGAUUUAUUGAUGAAAAAUGAAGGCACAUUUAAGGGUUACGAUUUCACACCAAGAAGUGAAUUGGCUUUAAAAGUUGACGACAGACCAAAAAUAGGAUUGUGGGGUAUUUUGAAAUCCAUGAUAGGUAAGGAUAUGACUAAAAUUGCUCUUCCAGUUACAUUUAAUGAGCCAACUUCAUUAUUGCAAAGAGUUGCUGAAGAUUUGGAAUAUGUGAAUUUGUUAGAUCAAGCUGCCUCAUUUGAAGAUUCAACUUUAAGAUUAUUAUAUGUCGCAGCAUUUGCAGCUUCUGAGUAUGGAUCAACAACUAAUCGUGUUGCUAAACCUUUCAACCCAUUAUUAGGUGAAACUUAUGAAUACGCAAGACCAGAUUUAGGAUUUAGAUUCUUUACAGAACAAGUUAGUCAUCAUCCACCAGUUUCAGCAGCUAUAGCUGAAGCUUCUAAAUGGGAUUAUUAUGGUGAAACUUCAGUCAAAUCAGGUUUUAAUGGUCGUUCAUUUGAUGUUCAACCUCUUGGUAUUUGGUAUUUACAUCUAAGACCUGAUCAAUCAUCACAUAAAGAAGAAUUGUAUACAUGGAAGAAGAUUACUAGUUCAGUUAUUGGUAUUAUUGUUGGUAAUCCAUCAGUUGAUAAUUACGGUGAAAUGAUCAUUACUAAUAAUCAAACUGGUGAUAAAGCAGUGUUGAACUUUAAACCAAGAGGUUGGAGAGGUGCUUCUGCUUAUGAAAUGAGUGGUGUUAUUUAUAAUAGAAAAGGUGAAAAGGUUUGGUCAAUUGGUGGACAUUGGAACAAUAGAAUCUUUGGUAAAAAAGUGAUUAAAAAUGAUUCAAGUAUUGAUUAUUCCAAUAAAAAGAUUAGUUCAACACCAACUGAAGAUGGUACUAAAUUCUUGAUAUGGCAAAUGGCUCCAAGACCAAAAGUUCCAUUCAAUUUGACCAGCUAUGCAAUUACUUUGAACGAACCAAAUCCUAAAUUAUUGGAGUAUGUCAGUCCAUCUGAUACUAGAUUAAGACCAGAUCAAAGAGCCAUGGAGGACGGUAAAUAUGAUGAGGCUGGAGUGUUGAAGAAUAGAGUCGAAGAGAAACAAAGAGCUGCUAGAAAGAAAAGAGAACAACAAGGCGAGAAAUACCAUCCUACUUAUUUCACUAGAGAGACACAUAAAGCCACUGGUGAAGAGUACUGGAAGUUUAACGGUGAAUAUUGGAAGCAGAGAAAAGAUGGUAAAUUACCAAACAUCGAUAUUUUUUGAACGGUUUUCAUGAAUCUCAACAAUGACUCUCACUUUAGAAUUUGAUUAUGUGUUUGUUUUUAUGUAUUUGAAUUUUGAUAUAAUUGUACACACAUUUUAUGUUCCUUGUAGCUUCUUGAUGUUUGGCGCGAAUCUCGGUG